UAUCAGGCAGACACGCUGCUGUCGGGCCAGCCCACUAAACCCAUUGCAAGUGUGUUGUGAGUUUUUGUUUUUUAUUUUAUUACUGUCAUGGUGCGUACAACCGUCGCAGUUGGCCUUUAACGCUUUGUUUAUCGGUGGUAUAACGAAUCGCAGCCUAGUCAACCCGCAACCUAGUGAAAAACAUUGAUACGGACUUAAUCACGGUGCAUUUGGUGACGUUGUUCCGGUGGCUGCUGUUGCGACGACGACAACAAGAUGGCUUCGACAAGUUGGUAUUCGCAGGAGCAAACACCAGACCGGACCGGUCAGGAUUCGGAACUAAUGGAAGGGAUCUCCGCGGGACAGCGCUUUUGUCGGUUGUGUCUAUCGAAGGAGCAGCAACUGAAGCCAUUGUUUCCCCCGGACGGGAUGCCGGAUGAAAUGCUGCUGCAGAAAAUUUUAAACUGUCUAACGAUUGCGCUCUCGUUCGAUGAGGAUUACGAUUCUUUCAUAUGUCGAAUAUGCAUACAGGAGGUCACGAAAUUCUUUUUCUACAAGGAACAGUGUUUGACAAAUGACUCGAUUCUGCGAGGCCGCCGGAAACCGGAUAAGAUACCGCUGUAUGGAGACAGUGGUACUCCUGUUGGAAAUAAUGGAGCCUUGAGUGGAGACGAGGAGGAAUAUGAUGGUGAUCCGAUUGAUUCGGAUGAAUUUGAUAUUCGGGAUGCAGAUGAUGAUGAAAGAGACUUUUUAAAUAACGAUCAAACUCAAACUGGUGAAGACGAAGAUGAUGGUGAUGAUGUUGAUUAUGAGUAUGAGGGUGAGGCAGAUGGUGAUAAUGAUGAUUCUAUGCAAUUUGAAGUAUCAGGAUUGAAACCAUUGCCUAAGCAGAGGGCUCGGAGGGAGAAUGUUCAAGACUAUUAUCAUGGAGGCUUCCGGUAUACCUGUGCCACCUCUCGCGCCAAUGGCAAAGUCCACUGGCGUUGCAUGUAUAAAUCCAAGCUAAAAUGUCGUGCAGCCAUUCUGGUGGCCUCGGAUGGCACCGUUACCCGUGGCCCUAAUCGGCACAAUCAUCAUCCGGAUAGUAAAACUGUACCUCCUUGUCCGGCUAGCGGAACAAUUCUGGAUAUGCACACAGGGCGUAAAGUUUCCUACAAACUUAUCAACAGUGAUCGCAGUCGAAUCAAUCGAAUGCAAAUUAUCUGUAAUGGUUACAAAUUUCGCUACGCAAGAACAACUCAGAAACAGACCACUUACUGGCGCUGCAUGAAACACAACGGAAAAGAGAACUGUAAGGCAGUGUUAUCGUUUCGGAUGGACUUUAGUGCUUGCUCAUCUAAUGGUCACGGUCACAAUCAUCCUGCCCAGUAUGACAUGAACGAACCUCUACCGCCUAAUCUUCAACUGCCGGCGCAACGAGAAGCGGUUAAACAGCCGCAGCUUGUCAUCCAAACGAAUGGCAAUUCGACAUCACCUGGAAGUUCCAUCCAGAAAGGUCGAUGGAAUGUGAUGCUUCACAAGGGUUACGAGUUUGGGUUCCCACGUGCUGACCGAAUGAAUAUGAGGUGGGCAUGCUAUAAGAAAAGCUCCUUCAACUGCCCGGCUAACCUUUACACGAAUCGAGGCGGUCGAGUCAUCAAAGAAAGUGAUUGGGCUCAUAAUCAUGGUCCUAAGGAUGACUACGCUAAGGAUGCCAUCAUCGAUGGUUUAAUGCUGGAUGCUCGAACCAAAGAACGGAUUCCGUACAAACUGAUACCCGGCAAGCGUGGUCAGCGGUUUGUCGUGCACAAUGGCUACCGAUACUCAUCGGAUCGAUUGAUCAGCGAUGGACGAAUUGCAUGGAAGUGCACCAAAUGUAAGGUGUUUAUCAUCAUCGGAGGUCGCUUCGGAACGAUGGAGGAUCGCGGUGGGGAACAUGAGCACGAACAGGACGAGAGCGAUGCGUUGUUCUCGUAUCAAGAGGAACACACGCAGUCCCGUGAUGAUACGGUCGAUCGGAUAAAGGAGGAUCCCAGAUCGUCGGAAGAUGACCAGUCUAAUGGAGCGGUCGAUGUGAAAAAGGAACAGACGGGCGACGAGGACGAAGAAGAGAAUAUCGCCGAUGAGGAUGAAGAUUUGUUUAUAAUUCCGUAAAAAAUGUCCCACGAGAAUAUAAACAGACAGAGGAAAAAAGAUUGUGACACUAGCGGUAAGAUUAGUAAGUUAUUCUGCUCCGGAUAGUCAUUAGAAAUGUAGUGACAGCAAAAUUCUACUAUGGUCAAACAGAAAUUGUACAUAUAUAGCUUAGUAAUGUUUAA